CGACAGCAAGGAAGUUCCCAUCUUGGGCAAUCGGAUGAUGAAGCUGGGAGGCGGGGCUGCUUUUUUUCCUGCUUCGGUGAAUCCGAGCGCAAAAUACGUAAAGUGAGACCUGCAGCGCUUCCUUAUCGGCGAGUAUAUGUUAUAAAUAGAAUCAGAAAUGACCAAUUCCAUAACACCUUCUACCUAUGUACGUUCCCUUGGCUAUGGAAUGAUGAAACAGCUGGCAGAUUUCAUUGAUCCACAAGAAGGAUGGAAGAAAUUAGCUGCUGAUAUAACUGAUUCAUCUGGUGCAAAACAAUACAAUCAAAUGCAAAUAAGGCGAUUUGAAGCAUUAAAACAAGUAGGAAAAAGUCCAACCUGUGAAUUACUUUAUGAUUGGGGAACAUUAAAUUGUACUGUUAGUGAUUUGGUGGACCUCCUCAUCAGAAAUCAGUUCUUGGCACCAGCAAGUCUUUUGAUUCCAGAUUCUGUAAGCAUGACAAAAAACAUGACCCUGUGUCUAUCCUUACCGGAAACUGUACUCCUACAUAAAAAAGGACCUCUUGUAGAAGGCAAGAAAAUAUCUGAAUUGCCAUCCUUGGAUCCAAAUGAAGGCCACCUAACAUCAAAUAGUUGUGAUCCGAGUUCAGAGAACAUCAGCAGUCACCUUAAUGAUACAGGAUUGAAAAGCUUCUUAUUUUAUGAACUGAAAAGUAUUACAAAUAACUUUGCUGACCAAACUCUGUCAGCUGGUGGCAACAAGAUUGGUGAAGGAGGCUUUGGAGUGGUUUACAAAGGAUGCAUCAAUGGCCAAACAGUGGCGGUGAAAAAACUUACAGCUUUGGCUGAUGUAAGUAUCAAAGACCUGAAAAAGCAAUUUGAGCAAGAAAUAAAGAUUAUGGCAAGAUGCCAACAUGAGAACUUAGUAGAAUUGCUUGGUUUCUCAAAUGAUUUUGAUCAGCCUUGCUUGGUGUAUGAUUAUAUGCCCAAAGGUUCUUUGCUUGAUAGAUUAGCUUGUCUGGACAACACUUCACCAAUACCUUGGGAAACAAGAUGCAACAUUGCUUAUGGGACAUCAAAUGGAAUCUCUUUCUUGCAUGAAAAUAAUCAUAUUCAUCGAGAUGUUAAAAGUGCAAAUAUUUUACUAACAGAAACAUUUGUGCCAAAACUUUCUGACUUUGGGCUUGCAAGGACAUCGGUAAGAUUUACACAUACUAUUCUAACAGAUAGAAUAGUUGGGACAGCAGCUUAUAUGGCUCCAGAGGCAUUAAGAGGGGAGAUAACUCCUAAAUCGGAUAUCUUCAGUUUUGGCGUGGUAUUACUCGAAAUAAUAACUGGGCUUAGUCCUAUGGAUGAAAAUCGAGAUCCCCAGUUACUGCUGUCCAUCAAGGAGGAAAUUGAAGAUGAAGAAAAGACUAUUGGACAUUAUGUUGAUAAAAAAAUCAGCAACAGGAACAUCACCUCAAUUGAACAGAUGUAUUCAAUUGCUUCACAGUGUCUGCAUGAGAAGAAGAACCGGAGGCCAGAUAUUGAAAGGGUAUCAAUUUUAAAUAUAGUGAUGCUAUAUAUAUGCAAUUCAAAAGUACAUACAUACAUACAGUGGUGGGAUUCAAAUACCUGAACAAUCGGUUGUCUGCGUCCCCGCACUUCCGGCAGUCCAUUCUGGGCCUGGGAAGCUUCCCCGGCUCAGAAUGAACUUCCAGAGGUGGCGUCCAUGCACUUCUGAUGGGCUGUUCUGGGCCUGGAAGGCCACCCUGGCUCAGAACGGACUUCCAGAAAUGGUGUCCAUGCACUUCCAGUGGUCCGUUCUAGGCCUUGUGAAGAAGGGCUAGGGCACGGGUCAGCAACCCGCAGCUCUGGAACCGCAUGUAGCUCUUUGAGCCUUCUUCUGCACCUCCCAGCCUCCUCUGCCAUUUGCAGAGAGAGAGAGAGAGACAGAGAGAGGCAUCCUCCCCUCCCCUUCUGUCUGUCUGUCUCUCUCUCUCUCUC